AUGGCCAUCAACUCUGCCCCCGAGUCCUCCCUCCUUUCCCUCCUCUACCGCUCCUACCCUACCGCCAUCUCCCCCGACGCCACGGAGCCCGACCUUCACACGGCCACCCCCAAAAUCUUCCCGCAGACUAGCUUUUCCGUCGCCGAAGAGGCCGACGUCAAGCAAUGGCUGGCCACCAUCUCCGGUCUGCAGACCGCUCUCAGCAAGGAUGACAAGCCCGUCGUCUCGACCAUCCUCGCCCAGCUGAACUCUCACCUCGCCACCCGCACAACCCUGCUCGGUGCGAAGCCCUCCGUGGCUGAUAUUGCCGUCUACGCUCUCGUCGCUCCUCUCGUCGAGAAAUGGACCCCCGAGGAGCGUACCGGUGAGCAGGGCUACCACCACAUCGUCCGUCACGUGGACUUCGUCCAGAACAGCCGCAUUUUCGCUCUCCAGAUCCCCGACGAGGAGAAGGUCACCAUUGACGUGAACGACGUCCGCUUCGUGCCCAAGCCCGUCGACCCCAAGGAGGAGAAGGAGCGCAAGAAGAAGGAGAAGGCCGCUGCCCAGAAGCCCGCCGAGGCUGCUGGCAAGCCCCUCGUUGUCGGACAGGGCAAGCCCGAGGCUGCGGCCAAGGCCGACGGUGCUAAGGGUGACGCCGCCGCUGCUGCUAAGCCCGAGGGCAAGCCCAAGAAGGAGAAGAAGGAAAAGAAGGAGAAGCCGGCCAAGGCUGCGCCCGCCCCUGCUGCUCCCCCGUCUCCCUCCGUCAUUGACCUCCGUGUCGGUCACAUUCUUCGUGCCGUCAACCACCCCAACGCCGACUCCCUCUACGUCUCGACCAUCGACUGCGGUGACGCCCCGGGCACCGAGAACACCUCUCUGGAUGAGGCCACCGGCAAGACCGUCCGCACUGUGUGCUCUGGUCUGAACGGUCUGAUUCCCCUGGAGGAGAUGCAGAACCGCAAGAUCGUCGCCGUCUGCAACCUGAAGCCCGUCACCAUGCGUGGUAUCAAGUCCUGCGCCAUGGUCUUGGCCGCCUCUCCCCGCGUGGCUGAGGGCGAGGACUCGCACGCUGGACCCGUCGAGCUCGUUUCGCCUCCUGCCGAUGCCCCUGCCGGUGAGCGCGUGUGCUUCGAGGGCUGGACCGAGGGUGAGCCCGAGAAGGUUCUCAACCCUAAGAAGAAGGUCUGGGAGACCUACCAGCCUGGAUUCACCACCACCGAUGCCCUCGAGGUUGCCUUUGAUAUGAGCGCCGUUCCGGCCGUGCAGGGCCAGGAGAACAAGCCCGCUCUGGGUAAGCUGAAGACGCAGUCCGGUGGACUUUGCACAGUCAAGACCCUGAAGGGUGCGGCUGUCCGGUAA